AGAGCAGAGAAAACGGAAACCAUUCUGAAUUCAGGAUUCAUCAUGUGAAGGGAAGACGAGAUUCAGGUCAGAAUGGACGAAUCGUCUGCAUCCACCUUGCAGCCCAGGACUCCUCUACAAACAGGAACAUCCAACUCGAGCGGGGGAGAGGCCAGGCCGUCUGAGCGCGCCCAGCUGCUGCUGGAGAUAACCGUGGUGCUCAUGUGUUUGGGUGCAGUGACAGGGAAUGUCCUCGUCAUUGUUAUUGUGGCUGCAACCAAAUCCCUGCACUCGAUGACAUCAGUGCUGAUCACAAACCUGGCUAUCAGUGACCUCUUGGUGGGAAUCGGAGUCAUGCCUUUUGUCGCUCUGUCCGUCCUGAACCCUGGAUGGGUUCAGUGUGCUGCUCUGUGUGUGUACGUCGGAUACACCUCCUCUGUGUUCUGCACAGCUUCUGCUCUGACACUUGCCGCCAUCGCCCUGGACCGUUUUUACUCCAUCACGGACUGCCUGCGUUACAGCUCCCGCUGCACCCCUUGGAGGACCUGCGCGGUGGUGACGUGGAUCUGGCUGCAGGCCCUGGCCACCUGCAGCCCCCCAUUGCUGGGCUGGAGCUCAGUGAGCUUUGUUCUUCCGAUGUAUAUCUGUACGGUCGACUGGUCCAAAAGUCCAAGCUACACUGCCUUCAUCGCUGCUUUUUCAUACUUCAUCCCUGCAUCGGUGAUCGUUUUUUGCUAUGUGAACAUCGUAAAGGUGGCCAGAUACCACACCAGGAAAAUUCAUACUCUGGAGGACUCCGUCCAGCGUAGGAAGGACCCCUCCUCUGAUUCAUCUCACCAUGUCAGGAGUCUCCAAUGCCCCUGGAGAGUUUUCGUUCACGUCGAUGAAGAGCUUGCAUCUCACGGGAGAGAAGAGCAAAGGAAUACUAUCCCUGAUUGCUCUGAGGCGACCACGAAACAGAGCAGCUCUCCAUCCAGACGUUUGUUCUCCUUUCUCCUGCAUCCAACUUCACUGAAAUCCUCCCACCACGGAGUGGUGCACCUCCUCCUGGUCAUCUCAGCUUUCCUCUUUUGCUGGACACCAUAUAUAAGUGUGGCCCUGGUCCAAGCUGCAGAAGCUGCAACAUCAGGUCAAUCGACCCUCGUCCCACACUCUGCCAUCACCUUCUCCUACUGGCUCGUGUUGCUGAACUCUGACAUCAAUCCUCUCCUCUACGCUCUGCUCAGCAAGCGCUUCCAGAGCGGCCUUCGAGGGCUCUGCCUGAGGCUGAGAGCACAGCUAGAGAGCGUGGUGGGCAGUGAGGUGGCAGUAAGAGCAGAGGAUGUCAGAGGUAGUGACUCCUACACUCAGACCUCAGCGCGUCUCAGCCCACACUCCAGCACAGAGAGUUUGACCUUUGACCCCUUCAGAUAUUCUUCUAUUUUCACAGUUAGCGGCAGCUUCACAAGGUCCUCUGGAAAACAUCUUUGCCGUGUGAAGCGAUGUGAAAGCACCUCAGUGGUUCAACAUGCCAGAAGGGCCAAGAGAGACAAUCUGCAGGUCUCGAUUCAGCCACGAGAGGGCAGCAGAUUACCCUCUUCUGCUUUGACGGAGGAGCGUCAGGCCACUUUCGUCUUUGGCCAGAUUACAGUGAAAGUGGAGCAUGAUGUUUGUUAAAAAACUUGUGACAUGCAGCUCUGAUUACGGGGCAAGGGGAAUUUGACCAAAUUUGGUCAAAAGGGGGCAACAAGGGGUAGCUUCGAGUUGAAAUGUUUA